AUGGAUUUAGUCAUCACCAAUAAUGGCACUGACAAUAUAGCUCUACUUGUCGGAUAUGGCAACGGUACUUUUGCAAGCGCAAAAAUGUAUUCAACUGGAUCUUCUUCAUCAAUCUCCAUUGCCAUAGGUGAUUUAAACAAAGAUAAUCGUUUAGACAUUACCUUCAUCAACAAUGAUACGGGCACCUUAGGUAUUAUGCUUGGCUAUGAUGAGUUUUUUCCAAUUCAAACGACAUAUGCAACUGGCAGUGGACCAUACUGUGUAGCUGUUGGUGAUUUCAACCAUGACGCCCGAUUAGAUAUUGUAGUUGCUAAUAGGGAUAGCACCACUGUAGGUGUACUUUUGGGAUAUGGAAAUGGUUCUUUUGCUGAUCAGAUGACAUACUCAACUGGUUCUUACCCAUACUCUGUAGCUGUGGGUGAUUUUAACAACGACAACCAUCUGGAUAUCGUCGUCGCUAAUUAUUAUGGCAAUACUGUAAGCAUCCUUCUGGGAUAUGGCGAUGGCUUCUUUGAAAAUCAGACGACAUAUUCAACUGGAUAUAUGCCUAUAUCGGUAGCUGUUGGUAAUUUUAACAAUGACACCCAUCUGGAUAUCGUCGUUGCUAAUUUUGAUGACAAUACUGUCAGUGUACUUCUCGGAUAUGGUGAUGGCUCUUUUGCAAAUCAAAAGACAUUUUCAACUGGCUCUCUGCCAGUUUCUGUAGCUGUUGGUGAUUUUAACAACGAUACCCAUCUGGAUAUCGUCGUUGCUAAUUUUGAUGACAACACUAUAAGUGUACUUAUCGGAUAUGGUAAUGGCUCUUUCGCGAAUCAAACGAAAUAUUCAACUGGCUCUAGCCCAAUAGCUCUAGCUGUUGGUGAUUUUAAUAAUGACAACCAACUGGACAUCGUCGUUGUUAAUCGGGAUGACAACACUGUAAGUGUCCUUCUUGGAUAUGGAAAUGGCUCUUUUGCAAAUCAAACGACAUAUUCAACUGGCUCUAGACCAUUGUCUGUAGCUGUUGGUGAUUUUAACAACGACACCCAAUUGGAUAUCGUCGUUGCUAAUUUUGGUGGCAACACUGUAAGUGUUCUUCUCGGAUAUGGCAAUGGCUCUUUUGCAAAUCAAACGACAUAUUCAACUGGCUUUGGCCCACGCGCUGUAGCUGUUGGUGACUUUAAUAACGACACUCGAUCGGAUCUUGUCGUCGCUAAUUUUAAUGACAACACUGUAGGUGUACUCCUUCGAUAUGACAGAGGAGCUCUGAAAAAUAAAAUCACAUUUGCGCCUACCGAUGGUUCUCGUUUGCGAAACUGUGCCCUUUUUGAUUUCAAUAACGAUAGCCUAUUGGAUAUCGCCGUUGUCAAUUAUGGUACGAAUAACAUAGGUGUCCUUCUUGGACAUGGAAAUGGCACUUUUGGAAAUCAAAUGGUGCUCUCAACAGGCUCAAAUUCUCAUCCUUACUCCAUCACUGUCCAUGAUUUCAAUAGAGACGGUCAAGCAGAUAUAGCCGUGGCCAAUUAUGGUACUAAAAAUCUUGUUACGUUUCUGGGAAGUGGAAAUGGAACAUUUGAAAAUCAAGGACGUCACGGUGUAGUUUUCGAUUUCGCUCCAUUGAUUAUUGGUGCCAAUAGUUUUAACAAAGAUGGGCGUUCAGAAAUUUUCGUUGCAUAUGAUGACAUCGAUUAUGUAGAUGUGCUGGUUACAUACGACAUCGGAUCUUUCAGUAAUCACAUUGAGUAUUCAACUGGCGGCUGGCCCCGAUUUGUAGCUCUUGGUGAUUUUAAUAAUGAUACCCAACUGGAUAUCGUCAUCGCUAAUCAAUACCACAACACUGUAAGUAUCCUUCUCGGAUAUGGAAAUGGUUCUUUCACUAAUCAAACGACAUACUCAACUGGCUCUCAGCCAUGGUCUGUAGCUGUUGGCGAUUUUAACAACAACACCAAUCUGGAUAUCGUUGUCGCUAAUAGACAUGACAAUAGUAUAAGUGUAUUUUUCGGAUAUGGUAAUGGCUCUUUUACAAAUCAAACGAAAUAUUCAACUGGCUCUGGUCAAUUAUCUGUAGCUAUUGGUGACCUUAACAACGACGCUCGACUGGAUAUCGUCGUCGCUAAUGAUGAUAACACUGUAAGUGUCCUUCUCGGAUAUGGCAAUGGCUCUUUUGCAAAUCAAACAAAAUAUUCAACAGGGUAUGAACCAUGGCCUGUAACUAUUGGUGAUUUUAAUAACGAUACUCGAUUGGAUAUCGUCGUUGCUAAUUUUGGUGACAACACUGUAAGCAUCCUUCUCGGAUAUGGCAAUGGCUCUUUUGCAAAUCAAACGACAUAUUCAACUGGUUCUGGCUCAGUUUCUGUAGCUGUUGGUGAUUUUAAUAACGACACCCAACUGGAUAUCGUCGUUGCUAAUUUAUUUGACAAUACUGUAAGUAUCCUUCUCGGAUAUGGCAAUGGUUCUUUCAUGAAUCAAACGAUAUAUUCAACUGGCUCUUCCCCAUACUCUAUAGCUGUUAGUGAUUUUAACAACGACACCCUAUUGGAUAUCGUCGUCACUAAUUGGGAUGACAACACUAUGAGUGUCCUUCUUGGAUAUGGUACUGGUGUUUUUACAAAUCAAAUGAUCUAUUCAACCGGCACUAGUCCUUCAUCUGUAGCUGUUGGCGAUUUUAAUAAUGACACCCGACUGGAUAUCGUCGUCGCUAAUCUGAAUAGGUACAGUGUUAGUGUAUAUCUCGGAUAUCCCAAUGAAGGUUUUCUAAACCAAAUGAGACUCAUAACUGGCAAUGGAUCUCGCCCUAAGUCAUUCGCCAUUGGAGAUUUUAACAAUGACAAUGAAAUGGAUCUAGCAGUGGCGAAUUCAGGCAUUAACAACGUCGGUAUUUUUCUAAGAUAUGACAAUGGUUCCUUCGGAAAUCAAGUAGCAUAUGCAACUGAUUCUUCUCCAUGGUCAAUAGCUGUUGGUGACUUCAACAACGAUACGAUACUUGAUAUUGUUGUCGUGAAUCGUGGCAGUGACAAUGUUGGUAUCUUUCUUGGAUGGGGUAAUGGUUUCUUUUCAAGCCAGAAAACUUUUUCGACUGGUUUAAACUCGCAACCAAACGCGGUUGCUGUUGAAGAUUUCAACAACGACACCUUGCUAGACAUUAUUGUCGCUAAUUAUGGCACAAACAACAUAGGUGUGUUGCUUGGUUAUGGGAAUGGCUCCUUCACAAGUGUCAAGCUUUUUUCGACCGGUUAUGGAUCUCUUCCGUUCUCGGUUUCUGUUGAUGAUUUAGACAACGAUGGAAAAUUGGAUUUCGUCGUCGCCAAUGAAGGUGCUGACAAUUUAAACAUUUUUUUACAGACCUGUUAA